AUGGAAUCGAGCUCGGACGACCUUCGAAAUCGCGGCUUGUUCUGGUGCAACUGCGAACACACGUGCCAGAGACUCUACCCGAUCGUAGGCGGCGACCUCCGCCAUCAGCAAUCGCGGCCACAACCCCUCAAUAGCGUCAAUGCGGGCUACGACAGUGCGUGCCGCAUCACACAACGUUCGCUCGACUACACGUGGUCGUUCAUCCCCGGCGGGCUCUAUCACACAACCACGAGGACGAGGACGAGUAGUACCCCCACGGGGUACAGUUCCACCCUCACGAGGCAUGAUCCCGCCGGUACGAGUGCCAAUACCCGUUGUGGUCUCGCACCUCUCGCCUCAGACAAUGCCGAGCAGCUCGGCCGCCCCUCGUUUACCAAGGUUCCGAUGGAUACUUCAGACGGCGAAGGCAUGACGGAUAUUCGGCCGUUCACCCCGCCGACGUUCUCUCCUCCACCGACAUCUCCACCUUGUACAUCACCUCGGCCCCCUCCCUCUACAAUGCAACCCCUCUCGCUCCAGCUGUCGAGAGACUCAGAGCCUCGAGACCACAUGGCUGUGCAGGUACCCUCCACUGCCGCUCGUUCGCGAGCCUCUCAUUCAACGUCUACAUCGGGUACACGGCCUAAACGCACACGUCGGGCUGCGCGUGUACGCGCAGCUCCCAUAGGCUAUGAUUCAGACGACGACAUUGAUGCUCUGCCAGCGCCAAGGGUUGCUCAGCCGCUGGCAGAUGACGGCCUUGGGCUGUACGACGAUUCAGAUGGAGGCGAAGACAUCCACAACAACCCCCUACUGCACACUCAGGCUGUUGGCGAAAACGGCGAGCCCGUAGAAGACACCACUCGACCCACCAAUGCCAUGCCCCCUCCUCCUACACUCGCGUUGGACACACCCCCGCGGUACGAUCCCCCAAUCGACCCUAGAGCUGUUUACCUUGGUGCUCACACAUCAUGGGUUGCCCGCCUUUUCAUCUUCCUGGUCGCAUUCCUAAACGCCAAACACCACCUUCCGUUUCGAGCAUGCAAUCUACUACUUCACUGCUGCGUCCCCAUACUCCGGACACUUGAGGUCAUCGAGACCGACGACAACGAUUUCCCUCAAACUCUGAAUACGGUGAUUCGCAAACUAGAUCUUCAAGAUCGCUUUACUGUCUUCCCGAUAUGCGCGGGCUGCCAUCGUCUCUUCCCAACGUCAACACCAGUCAACGCUGUCUGCCCUGCAUGUGAUAAACGCCUAUACAAGCCAGUAUCCAACUCUAUCUUCCGACGGAUCACUGGUCAGCCUGCGAAACCUCCUCCUCCAGUUUGUGCUGCUCCCUUUCAACUUCCAUCACACUUAUUCGCUGAUUUUCUUGCUCAACCUGGCAAUGAGGCUGCUUGCGAGUUGUGGAAGACUCGCCAGCCGGCCACUGAUCAGCUGCAUGACAUCAGCGAUGGCCGUGUUUGGAACGAAGCCAAGGCGCCUGACGAUACACCAUUCUUCUCCAGGACGGGUGGCGACCAAGGUGAGCUUCGCCUUGGGAUCACCAUAAGCCUUGACUGGUUUGGCCGUAAAUCAAGUGUUUAUGGUCCCAGUCAUUCAUCGGGUGUCCUGUCCAUCUGCAUAUCCAAUUUACCACGGAGCAAGCGUUAUCGGGCGAGCAACCUCCUUGUUUCGUUCAUGACCCCAGGCCCACGAGAACCAACAGGGGAAGAGCUGCAGCACUAUAUGAAGCUUGUUGUAGACGAUUUGUUAACACUCUUCACUGACGGCGUCGUCUAUAUCACACCAGAUUCCCCCGAAGGCCGACGCAUACGUGUUGUCUUAUUGGCAGUCAUCUGUGAUCAUCCAGCAUUGUGCAAGGUUAGUGGCUUCGCGGACCAUGCCCAUGACGAGGCGCCGUGUCCAAAGUGUAAGGCAAAGAAGACAGAAAUGUUCACAGACCGUGGCCUCCGUAACCAAUUUCCGCCUCGAACUCAUGACGAGCAUCGGCAUCGCAUGAAUGAAUGGCGUGGAAUAGACAACACAAAGGAUCGAAACCAACACUUCAAGGAUCAUGGCUCCCGUUGGUCCGAGCUGGCUCGGCUACCAUACUUUGACCUUGUGCGCCACUCUGUUAUUGACCCCAUGCACAAUUUACUCCUCGGAAUCGCACGAGAUCAAUGGUACUAUCGGUGGAUCAAGACUUCGGUCAUCCGAGCAUCCACCAAGACGCUCAAUCGUGAACUUGGCAUCAUUCACAAAUUCCUUGCAACGUUUGAAACACCUGUAUGGAUGGGCAAGCUCCCCAAUCGUGUAGGAGAAACGGCAGGCGGCAGCUUGACAGCUGAUGAGUACAAACUCGCAACCACUACCGCCUGGGCGAUCAUUAUUCCCGUUGUUUGGGACGCAUUUGUCGAUGAAGCCACACGCGACCAAGAAGCCGCUCUCGCAGCUUUUCCUGCACAGCACAUGGAGUGGCAGGCCAAAUGGGAGGCUUGGCAGGGGCGUCAGUCGACCAGCUCAGCAUCAACUCGCACGCGAAAGAAGGGACAGGAGAGUAGUGAUGACCCAGAGCCAGAUGAACCCACUCAGCCAAAGGUGCGUAUGCACCCAGACGAGUCCCUCAACUUUCUGCGGCUUGCAGCGUCGCUCAAGAUCUUCUGCGGGAGUUCUGUUGAGUUAUCGCUUCUGCCUCGUGCGACGUCUCUGCUUCAAGAUUACCUUAUUUUGUACCGACAAAUUCACGGCGUUGAAGCCCUCAAGCCAAACUUCCAUUGGGCAACUCACUUGUCCGAUCAGAUCCUUGAUUAUGGGCCUGUGUAUAACUUCUGGGCGUUUCUUUCAGAACGCCUGAACAAGAUUCAUUCUGCGGCUGCGCACGCGGAGAAUGACAUUGUGCGAUCGGUCAUGCAGUACAUGGUUAGCGAUGAGCCCGAAGGUGCUGGAACACUACGUGAUGCGGUUGUGUCUGACGAGCUUGCAUCUGGCACGCGUGUAGAACCUGGCAGUCAGGUUGUUAUCAGCGAUCCACGCAAACGUCCAACGCUGAGUGAUCCAGCCCUAGCCUACAUGCGCAAUUACUACAAUGCGGCUGCUCAGGCUGCGGGUCUUAGUUUGUCCUUUGCAGUUGCUCGGCAGGUAAACGCAGUACCAGAUGCCCUCACACUUGAUCGCUUUUGCACACUCUAUCAUUAUGCCCUCCUUGACGGUCGUCGGAUUAUCCCCACUUCCGAAGCUCGCCGACAAUCAGCUGCAUCAGCGCUGGUGAAGGUUAAUCUCCCGAGUGCCGUUGGAAUAUACGGCGAAGUUGUUUCUAUCUUUUCUCACAGGCAGAACAACGCGCCUCCCUCAGUGGUGACUAGUCGUCUAUUUGCAGAAAUCCGGUGGAUGAGGGAGCUUGAUCUCUCCCCGGUGCGUGAUGACCCAUGGAGUGACUUCCCUGAGCUUGAUGUUAGAUGCUUUGAGCUUGGCGUCUACCAUUCCCUGGCCACAUUUCCACCUAUCAUUCCUUUCGAUUCCAUCACCUGCGCAAUCGCUCGCGGAGUUAUAGAAACUACGGAUCCACCUAUGUGGAUCACAACGCCACUCGACAGGCACCCAAAAACAUGA